UGUACUGCACCGGAAGUAGCCUCGAGCUGAAUCACGUUCACCAAUAUUUUGUCAAAUUCAAGAUGGCAGCGGCGAUGGACGUAGACGCACCUAGCUGCUCCAGUAGCGGAGCAAGCAAGAAGCGAUUUGAAGUCAAGAAGUGGAAUGCCGUGGCACUGUGGGCCUGGGACAUUGUUGUGGAUAACUGUGCUAUAUGUCGAAACCACAUCAUGGAUCUUUGUAUAGAGUGCCAGGCCAACCAAGCUUCUGCCACGUCUGAAGAGUGCACAGUAGCCUGGGGUGUCUGCAAUCAUGCCUUCCACUUCCACUGUAUUUCUCGCUGGCUCAAAACUCGACAGGUGUGCCCUCUCGACAACAGAGAGUGGGAGUUCCAGAAGUAUGGACACUAGCUGGAGACGUCCACUUCCUCCGUGACUGUUUUUGUUUAGGUUUUACCCACAAUGCAUCUCUUCCCUUUCACCUUAUUGUAAUCGGUUGUUUCUCCACUUUUUUUUGUUUCAAAUAAACCGGAAUAUGACAGAACA